GAUAAACUCAAACAGAAUCGAUGAUCUGAACGAAAGAUCUACCAAGUGAGUCAGUUCAAAAACUACUUCGCAUCAGAAAAGACGUGUUCGGAAAAAAUAAAUUUUAGACUUCUAAAAACUGUUAAGAUUGAAAGAAAUCCUUCAGAUACAUUUAACGAAAAUUGUAAAAAAAACCAAUAAGUGACAGAAAAGUGAUUCGGAGUGACACAAUCAGAUACAAAUUUUAGUGAUAUCAACACAAAUAUUGGAUUAACUUAAGCAUCUUUUUGAUAUAAAAUGACAGUAACUGCCUUUGCAGCAGCAGCAAUGCCAAGACCCUUUUAUGGAUAUCCUCUGCAAGCAGACAUGUCAAAUGGACAAGGACGAAUGAAUCAGCUCGGUGGAGUCUUUAUCAAUGGCCGCCCCCUUCCCAAUCACAUUCGCCUCAAGAUCAUUGAAUUGGCUGCUGAAGGUGUCCGGCCAUGCUCCAUCUCAAGACAACUUCGUGUCAGUCACGGAUGUGUGUCCAAAAUCCUCAACAGAUACCAAGAAACCGGAUCUAUCCGUCCCGGUGUGAUUGGAGGUUCCAAACCAAAAGUAACCUCUCCCGAAAUUGAAAGCCGCAUCGAAGAGUAUCAGCGUGAAAAUCCCCGAAUUUACUCUUGGGAAAUUCGUGAUAAACUCAUUAAGGAGGGAAUUUGCGAUAGAAUUUCAGCUCCAUCGGUUUCGGCCAUCUCAAGACUGCUCCGAUCACGCGACAGUUCUUCCGAAGAUGGCUCGAAAUCCAAACAUUCAAGUAUCAAUUCAGGACAUCUUGAAGAAUCCAUGAAACCAACUGAUGAUGGUAAUCUAUCGGAUUGUGAUAGUGAACCUGGAAUUCAAUUGAAGCGAAAACAACGCCGUUCGAGGACAACUUUCACAGCAAGUCAAUUAGACGAGUUGGAAAGGACAUUCGAGACGACACAAUACCCUGACAUUUAUACGCGUGAGGAACUAGCUUUGCGUACCAAACUAACCGAAGCUCGUAUUCAGGUGUGGUUUAGUAACCGUCGAGCACGUUUGAGGAAACAGCAAACCUCUCAACCAACUAUUGCUUCAUACGGUUCCACCAUGCACACAGCUUCUCAAGCCAUGUCGAACAAUUUUUACCCCACAAUGAUGCCCAAUGGGGAAGCUACAAUGCCAGAUCCUUCUCUUUACGCUCAAAGUCAUCAUAUGUAUGAUUUUUACAACAACCAUGCCGUCGGAUCACCUAGCACAGCGGCUUCGGUUACACCACCCCAUCAAGUCUACAACUCAUCGAAUGCAUAUCCUAGCCAUCAUCAUCAAGAACAGUACAUUCAUCAGCCAGCAGCAGCGGUUCUAUCGAACUCGAGUUUGAACUCCUCAGGAGGCUACACAAAAUUAGAAACCAUUCCAACCACUCCACGAAAUGACAGUCCAGUGGAAUCCAACCAUGGUUAUUCCUGCGGACUUCAACUACCACCCACACCAAAUAGUUUAUCCACCGCUAUUGGUUCACAUUCUGUUAAUAGCAACAGCAAUGAGGAUAUCCAUUCAGCAACAAAACUUGAGGAGUCUGCUGCAGCAGCAGCAGGACUUCAACAGCAAACCAAUACAUUCUCACCAUGGAAUCCAAUCUCUGCCACAACAACAAACCCAUCACGCCCAACUGCUACAACAGCAGUAGCACAAGAUAAUGUCCAUCAUGGAAUCAAUAACCAUCCUGCUGUCAAUAGUUUUUCGAAUGAUUCCAAUUCUUCCUAUGGAAUACAUCAUCCUCAUCAUUAUCAUCAUCAUCAUCCUCAUCACAUGCCAAUGCAUCCCAAUACACCAGCUUUUAUGCAUUCCAAUUUUUCGACAACUUUUCCAUCGCCACCAAAGAAUUUUGGAAUGUCUCAGGCAUUUUAUCCAUUUUAUUCUUCUUAA